CUAGAAAUUACUCGGUCUACCUAAACAUUCGCAACAUUUGAACAACGAGCUUGCCGAUUCAUUGCCUUUCACUUUAAUUCAAUAAUAGAAGCUAUAUCCACAAACCAACGGGUACAAAUACUCCACGAAGUCGCAUGCUGCUCUCCUAUGUAUCAUGACCGACGCCAACGAUACCACGAACACAUCGUACUCUCUAAAAGCGCGACAAAAAGCGAAAAUGGCCGGCGGAAGUGAAGCUAACGGGCCUAAUUUCUCUCCGUCCUCGUCGAUCCCCACGAAACGUAAUCCACCGUACUUACCAACACCCCUCGAGACUCUUGUCCUGGCGGCGUACCCGGCGCUCCUCGCUUUCGGAACCGUGUUCUCGAUUAUUAGUCCACAGGCGCUGCGCGCCGACGACGAUAGUUACGCGUAUUCGGCGGAACAUCCUGCGCCUAGUUACUUCGCGAGGAAGGAUAAUGUGUUUAAUACGUUCUUUGUGAAGAGAGGGUGGGGAUGGAUUACGGUUGCGUUUGCGCUGUUCGUUGGUACGCAUGCUACGUUUUCUUCUACCGCGUUUCCGCAGAGUGGUGCGGUGAAGAGGGUUAAGGCGGGAGUGAGAUGGGUUGCGGUUACGGCAUGGUGGAUUGUGGUUACGCAGUGGUGUUUUGGUCCGCCGCUUAUUGAUAGGGGGUUUCGGUUUACCGGGGGGAAGUGUGAGGUUGCGACAAAGGUUGUGGUUAAGGAGGGUGUGCAUGCGGAUGCGGGGGAUGUGUUUACGGCGGCUGCUUGUAGGGCUGUCGGGGGACGGUGGAGUGGCGGGCAUGAUAUUAGCGGGCAUGUGUUCUUGCUGGUGCUUGGGAGCUUCUUUUUGAUACAAGAGGUUGGGUGGGUGGUUUACCGCGCUGGGAGAGCGGGUGGAAGGGAUGAGAGAUGUGUCGUUAUGCCUGAUGGCGCGGUGAAGGGAGCCGGCGUCGAGGCGGAAAGGACUGGGAGUACACCGGAAGAGAAAGAAUUCGGACUGGGAGGGAAGUUUGCGGCGGUGGUUGUCGGGCUGUGUCUUUGGAUGCUGCUUAUGACGGCUAUUUACUUUCAUACGUGGUUCGAGAAGUUGACUGGGCUAUUAGUAGCUGCUAUGGGCAUUUACCCCGUCUAUAUCCUCCCACGAUGGGUACCAGCAUUAAGAGCUAUUGUUGGUCUCCCUGGCAUAUAAAUACGGCAAACGAGAAAGACAGAAAUCAUUGUUAAUAGAAACAUACAUCAGAGUUGCAUAGCGUGUGACGAUUAUUGAGUUGAAGAGCUGGGCCGUUGCAAAUGAUUUAUCGCGACUCAAUAUAUACACCUAUAGAUAUCCCCUUCGCGUGGAAUGGGAAACUAAUAUAAUGUUUCUACAAUAUGUUUAUAUCUAGAGAAAACGAGCGAAGUUAUACUACUGAAGGCCUCCCUGGCUCAAAAUCGUGUAGUUCGAAGCCGGUUUCUUACCGGGUAUGGGGUAUAAGUAUCUAUCUCAAUCCUCAUAUGCAUCAAUUCUAAUAGUAUAUCAAAGUACGUAC